AGCACUAACCGAGCUGUAACGGGACACUUCCAGCGCACCAAACCUUCACCAGCUUCCAUCUCUGGCAUGUUCACACUCUCUGCGCGCCUUCCACCGCCUCGGAUGAUGCGGACGCCGGAGAGGCAUUCCUUCUAUUAUUAUGACAUGUGGCGGUUGGGAAUGAUCGAUGACACCCUGAUUUGGUAUUGAAUGAUCGGAGGGACUGCAAGACGGCAAAGGGAUUUCACACGGAGCGGACUUGGCCGUCUGGAGAUGAGAGCGGGGCUCAGGAUGUGCCUGCAUGAUGCCCCCACAUCUCUAGACCCUCCCUAAUCCUGCUGCAGCGACACAAAGGAUCCCUCAGUCCCAGGACACCUCCUCGACUCAUCCAGCUCAUCCUCUGCAGCUAUCAUCCACUGAUCAAUUCUAACCCACUCUCUCUGUUGGGGCUUUCCUUUUCCAGACUCCCACAUCAGACCUGGAUUACCCACUGAUCUGAUGCACAAUCAGGAUACACCAGCUGAGUCUAUUGUGGACCUCUGACGGAAAUAUCAAAACUUGUGCACAUACAAAUGUGACAACAGGAUUCCUGAUACUCCUCAUCCCCUCAUUUCUGGGUUUUCCUUCUGUUGGUUGGAAGCCAAAGCCACAGCUCGUCUGUCGUUGAGAAAGAACUCCUUGUUAUGAGGGAGUCUGAGGCCAAAAAGACUGAAAGCUACAGUCCUUUUUAUGCUCAGCUUUUCUACAAUGACCUGUGGUGUGGCAGGAAAGCUUUUCCCAUGUGCAAGCUUUAGCAUGAAGUGUUGGAGGCUGUGAAACGGAAAGGACCGCUGUGCCCAGAGAGGGAAAAGUUGAGUUUGGCACAAUCUAUAGACUUUUCUGCCUUUAUUACCUGGUCUGAGCUGCCCAGUCUGAAGCAGCGUGCUUUCCAGAUGCUGCCAUGCCCAUCAUCAGCAACGCCAACCAUGACUUCAGCAACCUGUCCGUCAGCGAUGACAGCAGUCUCGACCGCAUCUUCACAGAGAUCCCCGAGACUGAGACCAUCAAGGGUGUGUACUACCAGAGGGCUCAGUUCAUCCGUCGGCCAGAAGACCUGGGCUCCAUCGACCAUGCCCUGCUGGCGGUGAUCAACGUCGGGGGAAACCGCUACACGCUCCCCUGGAGCACCCUGGAGCAGUUCCCCCUCACACGACUCGGCCGCCUCUGUGGCUGCCGGUCCCCCGAGGACAUCGCCAGCGUCUGCGACGACUAUGACGAAGCCCGCAAGGAGUUCUUUUUCGACCGCUCGCCGUCCGCCUUCAGGGUCAUCCUCAACUUCCUCGCUGCGGGGAAACUGCGUCUCCUGCGGGAGAUGUGCGUCCUCUCCCUGCAUGAUGAGCUGACCUACUGGGGCGUGGAGAUGGCGUACAUGGAGCGCUGCUGUAAGAGGAAGAUGUACACGCGCAUCGAGGAGGUGCACGAGCUGGAGCGGCGCGAGGAAGAGCGCAGGCAGAGGAACGCCAUGCAGAAGGUGCCGGUGGAGGAGACGAGGUACCGAAAGGUGAUGAACUGGCUGAGAGACAUGGUGGAGAAUCCUCAGUCUGGCAUACCGGGGAAGAUCUUUGCCUGCUUGUCGGUGAUCAUGGUUGCAGUGACUGUCAUCAGCUUGUGUAUUAGCACCAUGCCGGACCUCAGAGAGGAAGAGGACAGGGGUGAGUGUUCCCCUAAGUGCUACAACAUGUUCAUCAUAGAGACGGUGUGCGUGGCCUGGUUCUCCUUGGAGUUCGUCCUGCGGUUCAUUCAGGCUCGCAGCAAGUUGGAGUUCCUCCGCGGGCCGCUCAACAUCAUCGACGCCAUGGCCAUCCUCCCCUACUACGUCUCCCUGGUGGUGACGGAGGAGGACCCAGCCCUGGAGCAUGAGAGGCCAGGAGGAGGUAAGGGCUAUUUGGACAAGCUGGGUCUGGUGUUGAGGAUUCUCCGAGCGCUGAGGAUUCUCUAUGUGAUGCGGCUGGCUCGCCACUCUCUCGGCCUUCAGACGCUGGGGCUGACGGUCAGGCGCAGCACCAGGGAGUUCGGCCUCCUCCUGCUUUUUCUCUGCGUGGCCGUCACCCUCUUCUCCCCAUUGGUCCACUUGGCUGAGAGCGAGCUCACGGGCACGCAUGACUUCAGCAGCAUCCCCGCCUCCUACUGGUGGGCCAUCAUCUCCAUGACGACCGUGGGCUACGGCGACAUGGUGCCCAGGUCAAUUCCAGGACAGGUUGUAGCGCUGAGCAGCAUCCUCAGUGGGAUCCUCAUCAUGGCCUUUCCCGCCACCUCCAUCUUCCACAUGUUCUCCCGCUCCUACCAAGAGCUCAAGAUGGAGCACGACCGCUUAUUCAAAGAGGAGUGCGCGGCCGCUGCAGCUGCCGCCGCCGAGGAGCUGCAGGAAGGUGAAAGAGGAGGGGAGAACUCGGCUCCACCGGGGCUGGUGUUACGUCUGGACAAGGACAGCGUGCACUCACUAGAGUCUCUUGCUCUGCUAGGGAAAGGUGGUGACGCUGCAGGAAAUAACAACCACAGCCUGCCACCAGCAGCUUUCUGAACCAUUAUUGACUGACUCAAUCCUUAACUUCCAAGGAAAUAUGAUGUGCUGCACACAGGAAGCACUGCAAAUGACUAUUACUCCAAAGGCAACACCUCCCAUAUCAACCUGGUCUCACAGAAAUCCGUGAAAUAGCCACGGAUUUCGCUUAACUCAAAAUCUGUGGAAUAGCCACGGAAUUGCUCAAAUUUCCGUGAAACUGACACGGAUUUCGCUACA